AUGUCGAAUUUGAAAACCAAAAUCGAAAAUCUUCUUUUAUCCGGACCUUUAGAUGCAAUUUGCGGUGCAAGCGUAGUUUAUUUGGCGAUGGAUGGUAAUAAUGUAGGAAGUUAUGAAGACGUCAGAAAUUUGGCUAAUUCUGCAGUAGAUUCGGUAUUGGAAAAAAUAGUUGAUAAUGAUCGAAAAGAACAAGUCUCAAAAGUUAUGCCAGAGAUACAACAGAUGAGUAUGGAAGUCACUGCUGAAGGUUGGGGUGGUGACGACCUGGAAGAGCGAUAUCUUUGGGGACGCCUCGAGAUGUCGAAGAUCCCCAUGACUAAAUCGGAUGUAUCUCUUUACGACGCUCUUAAGAAAAAUUUGGAGAAAUAUAUCGAACCCUCAAAGCUUUUGUGGAAUGAACAAUUGGCAAACACGAUUGUAGGCGAUGAUUCGAUCUUGGUGGAAAAAUUAAAUCCAAGGCAAAAACGCAUUUUCAUGGAGCCGUAUGAAAACAUGAAAUGCACAUUACCCGAGUCACUAGAUUCUAUAUGUGAUCGGUUUGUAAAUGAUUUUAAUAGAAAGAAUAAUGCAAACGUAUGCAGAAAUAUUAAGCAUGAUAAGACUUGGAAGGAGGAUAUACCUGCGUUGGAGAGAAGGACUAAGCGGACCUAUAUUGCGGAUGUGGUUAUGCCUCUACUUCGGGCUAGUUUAGAGGACAUGCCAGAUGGAAAUAUUUGUUUGAGCUCAGCAGACCGGCAGAGCUUGGCAAGCAAAUUUCGAAGGAAUCUUAGUGAGGUAAGUAAAGAACAGAUGGGGAAAAAACCUAACGUCAUGGCACUAGUGAAGUAUGGAGGAAAAAUCAAUGAACUCGCAUACACCGAAUGCUCCCGUGUCAUUUGUAACGACACAAAAAAGAUGGAUGACGAAAUAAAGUUAUGGCGAGAAGCACUAGACGGUAUAAAUUUUGUUAAUUUAGCAUGUCGUCCACUUAGCAAUCAAUUUGGAAUAGCCGGGAUUCAGGUCGCUGGAGAGGUUAUUUAUUUAAACGUUUUAGUAAACGAUGCGGGAGGUCUUUCUCGUUAUUUUCAUAUCGAUCACGCGGAAAUUCCACUAGUGCCGAAGUCCUCAAGGCGAGUAAAACCGCUUGUGCGCUUGUCAUUAAAUUGGAGGAAUAUUUUGAUAGUAAAUAAGAAUUUGUUAAUGCGAGCAUUAGAUCAAGCUAGCUCGAAUCCUCCCCGAAAUGUUCCUAGGAGUCCCACA